AUGGCUACGACAGAAAAACGUAGUCAUGAAUCAUCGGCAAAUGCUGAAUUUCGUCGUGUUGAUCGAACAGUACAAAUUUAUAAUGCAACUGAACAUCUUCGUUCUGAUAUACUUAAUUACAUAAGUAGUCGUCUUGAAGAAUUUUCCUCAGAAAUUAAACAAACAGCUGAUAAUAGUCUAAAAGAACCUGUCAUAUCACCUAUGGAUUUAGCAGCAAUUCAUAAAAUUGAGAGUGAAGCGGUAAUUCCAUCAAAUUCACAAAAUACUGAUCCAAAUAAAAAACCACCAUCUGUAUUUCCAUUAAAAAUUUUUCGUAUGCGUCAAUCAAUACUUACAGAUUUACUUGAAGUAUCACAUAUUAAAUCAAUUCGACAGAUAUUUAUUGCAAUUCUUGUUAUUGUCUUUUUACAAGUUGCUAUAACUGAUUUAUUUGAAUUGGGAACAAUUGAUUUUCGAUUUGACGUCAUCCGGUGGAAUUUCUCCAAUGUUUCAGCAUGUUUACGACUUUGGCUUUAUUUAUUUGCUUCAACCUGUAUAAUCGUUUAUAAUUCUUUUCAUAUUUGGGCAUAUAAACGUCUUUUACUCAUUCCAAUCUCAUCAUCAUCAUCUGAUGUAUCAGAAAAACCAAAGAAUAAACCAGCUAGUUUAUUAAUAUUUGAUUGGUUUUGGUUAGUUGUAUAUUGUUGUUAUAUAGCAUUAUUUUUAUAUUUUCCCGUAUAUUAUAUUCUUGCUGAAAACUAUCCGAUUGUAACACGAAUAUUUAUUUUAAUGGAACAAGUUCGGUUUUUAAUGAAAUCUCAUGCAUUUGUACGAGAGAAUGCACCACGUGCGAUACUUUAUGGUCGAAUUUCUUCAAAAGAAAUUACAAUUGAAGAUACUACAAAUGAUAAACCAAAUGAUUCAAUUAAUAAUCAAAAAGCAUUUCCUCAUCCACAUACACCUUGUCCAGAAUUUUCUAAAUUUCUCUAUUUUUUAUUUGCACCUACACUUAUCUAUCGUGAUUCAUAUCCUCGAACAUCAUCUGUACGAUGGAAAUAUGUCAUUACUCAAUUAACACAAUUUAUUGGAGCAGCAUUCUUUGGUUAUUACUUAUUUUAUCGAUUUUGUUUACCGGUAUUUCGACAUUUUAAAUCGGAACAUGUUACAGUCAAAAAAUUUGUUCUUUCAAUUCUCAAUUGUACUUUACCCGGAGCACUUCUCUUAUUUUGUGCUUUCUAUGGUUUUCUCCAUUGUUGGCUCAAUGCAUUUGCUGAAAUGCUUCGUUUUGCUGAUCGGCAAUUCUACAGUGAUUGGUGGACAGCUAACUCUUGGAGUAGUUAUUAUCGAACCUGGAAUAUUGUUGUACAUGAUUGGCUUUAUACUUAUGUUUAUCGAGAUUGUCAUAAAUUACUCGGUGUUAAAUAUCGUUUGGUAUCAAUGUACACUGUCAUAUUUCUUAGUGCAUGUGUUCAUGAAUAUAUCCUUGCAUUAGCUUUUGGCUAUUUUUAUCCAAUAUUAUUUCUUCAAUUUGCUGUACUUGGAUUUAUUUCAAUGCUUAUUCUACCGCAACGUACACAAAAUAAUGCAUUUAAUGUUUUUAUAUGGACAUCUUUAUUCGUUGGACUUGGAAUGCAAAUGUGUUUAUAUUCAAUUGAAUGGUAUGCUCGACAAAAUUGUCCUCGAACACUCAAUGGUCCAUUAGAUUAUUUUGUACCUCGAUCACUUUUCUGUCAUGAUCUUAAUGAUACUGAUAUACAAUUUUCCGCGACAAAUAAUCACUUAGAUUUAUAA